AUUCCUGAAGCUUCGGAAGCAUCGGCUGGCUAGUUUCCUGCAGCUCGACGAUGAAGCAAGGUCUCUUCUCGGCUGUCCAAGAUGAAAUUCAAAAGUCGGAGGGCGAUUUUGUUCUUAAAUAGUGCGCCGUGCGCGAGAGCAUGGGAUGUUCACGAUUCCGCAUGAUAUAGCUCGCUGUUCACCGAAGUCGACGAUGGCAGAGCUGUUCGAAGUCGACAAUUUCAUCUCUGUCGUGAAAAUCACUCUCACAUUCGCUGGUAGGUUACGAUUCGAUGUAGAUGGGCCUAUGUCGAUGCACCGCCAGUUCAUCAGCUACACCCGAAUCCAUCUGCAUCCGUCUCAGAACCCUGAAAGUGAUCGCUCUCUACAAGAAGCGCGAAAGGAGAUUGUGAACAAUUUUACCGGCUGGCUCCCCUUGAGAUUGUUCAGUGGAGCUCUGAACGAAGGUGUUCAAGGAUUUUAAGGUCUGGUGAUGACCAGGCGUCUGAUUUACGACUGUAGGCAUGGUCCCACGGAAGCUGCAGGGCAAUGGGAUUCGCACCCUGACUUGCUCUGUUUGUCGGUGACUUAGAUUCUUCUUCGAAACUAUUUUCAAUCAAGAUAUGGGAAGAGCUGAAAACUUUUUGGAGCGCCAGGUUCAGCAAGAAAGGCGACUCGCAGCCCAAGAAGAGUCGAGCCGUCGACCUCGAAGGCCCAUUACCGAUUUUGGGAAAGUGGCUCUGCGUGAUGCAUAUGACACGUUUAGAACAGAACUUGGCCACAUUUUGCGCGGAUCUGAGAAUUCUCCUUCUGCGACAGAGAAGGACAAUUUUCUGGUUUAUCCUGCCUCUAAGCAUACCGAACUUGAAGCCGAGCCUAUCUCCAUUAGUUCCACGGAUUACUUCACGGCCACAGUGGUUGGGAGCUCACAACUUGGGAAAACUACUAUGCUCAAUUCCUUAGUUCAACUCUUUGGUUAUAAUCAACCGGCUGGACGUAUGUUUCCAGAUGUGGAUCUUCUACCGACCCACGAUAAAGAUCGAGCUGGCCUUCCUUUCCCUCUGAGGAUUGAGUACCACGACAAUUUUCAGAUACAUUUUACGAGAUGGACAGCGCAGGAGUUGGAGGAUCUUAUGCAGAUUGUAGCUAGCGAGGCAGUAAAUCUUGAUCCAGACUUCUUCGAUCAGUUAGAGUUUCAAGAAUUCGAGGAGAAUUCUUUCAUGCAGUUUGUCUGUGACCAUUGCCAAUUGGAUGAGGAUGGAAAGCUUACGUGCGCAUCUAAAGCAGCUGUACUUUUACAAGCCGAUGGAGGGGAGGAGGAAAAGGACUUCUCGAACGAGCACACAGAGAAACAGACUGUUGCUGACAUAGUCCGGGAGGUUCAUAAAUACCUUUCCUCGAUUCCCACUCAACAGUGGUUCCGGUACAAAACUGUCACAUUGCGAUGUCCUUCCGUGCUUUUGGAGGAGAUGGGGGUCAACUCUAGCUUCUCUUCUCCACCAUGCAUUUUGGACCUACCCGGUGUUGGUAUAGUCCAUGACAAUAAUUUUUUAGUGGAGGAACUUGUACGCAGGAAUGUAAGCUCUGCAGAUACCAUCAUCAUUUUGACAGGGCAACGCAGUUUUACGGAGGAUGUUAUCAAAGUGCUCCGGUCCUCUGUAUUUAGAAGGCUUCUUGAUCCAGAUGUCCCUUCUCCCCCUUCUGUGGCGGUGACAAAUUCCCAUCUACUCCGCGGUUUGCAGACGAAAGAAAUGGAGACGUGGAGAGAACAAAUUUUGCAUGGAACGAUGGGAUGGUUUAAUCAGCUGAAAAGGUUUGCUGAUGAAAACUUUUCUAAUAGAAGGCGCCAUAGAUUGCUCAGUGAAAUUGAACCCUCCCUCUUUCCAAAUGAUCUCAGUGGUUUCUUCAGUGGAGGAGCAGCGGCUAAGGAUGUGGGUGUUGCUACGUUGGUUGGCUACUUUAUGCGCUUACCCCAGGAAGUUCACCUAGCCCGUGUCGCGCAUGUGUUAGAGCGAGCAAAUGCUUACCGUUCUACAAUAGAUGAGCUGUGGCAAACCCCAAUGCUUGGUCAAAAGCAGACCAAAUCGUCACGUUUGUUCAGGCAGGCGUUGGCCCAUCGCAGGCAGGAGAUCGAAAUGAGUUUAAAUACAAAACUUACUGCAACUGCGCAGAAGAAAAUGUUCGAUUGGGAGCAUCCUAUCUCCUUGAUGGAACAGUUAGAGGGCAUUGAUGUCCUUAUUGACUCUGAGGUGGAAAAACUCAAUAAGAAGUUCUCAAUAAUGCUCAAUGCCGGUUCAUGUCAAUUUCAGCAGGAGGUUCAUUCCCUUUUGAAGCAACUUCUAUUAGAGAUUGCUGCAGAUUGGGAUAACGUCGCAGGAAAAGUGGUGUUUGAACGUUUUCUUAUAGCAGCGCAGAAGCUCAGCGUAGAGCUGUUCGCAGAAUGGAUACCUCAUCUCUUUUACGAAGAAAGAUCAGCCGAUUCAGAUCCGAAGAUAGAAAACUCUCGUAAUGCUUUGCACAAUGCCCUUAAGGCGAAGGUACCCAAGGUCAUUUCAAGUUCUGUCAUCAAGUAUACCCUUACUGAUGCCUACCGGCAGAUGGUGUGGAACUUGGACUUGAAGAAGGUUCUUAGCAUCCCUCGUGUCCGCAAAGGCAAAUGCAUUGGAGUGUCUGAGUCCAAGGUGUGGUCAGAUAUCGAUACCCUUGUACGGAAAAAGGCCGCCACUUUGCAGGAGCAUGUCGUGCAGCACUCCCGCCAGCAAUCUCAAGCUGUCAAGCAGCUAGUCUCUAGGUUGAAGGUCACAAUUACUGAAACGUUUGCCCAAUCCGUGGAGGAUUUUGCCACAAUAACCUCUGCCUUAGAGAGCAUUGCUCAGGGACAAAGCUCCACGAAUAAGAACCCGCUCGUCGUUCUCCGCAAGGAGCUUCUUGAGUUCACCACUCAGUUAACCGAAUACUUGCAAAGGCAUAAGAAUCUGAGAAAAGUUUUCGGAGAAGAGGAAGUGAGCAGCAUACUCCAAUCUCGGUACGGUUCUCACGCUAGUGGCCUGCAGCAACAAGCACCAUCAGAUGAUGAACGUCGAAAGAAAGUGAAAUACACUCUGUAGCCUAACAUGGAUUCGAGCCCAUCACCGAACUGUUUUAUCUCUUCGAACUGUAUUUUUUGAGUUUGCAUCUAUUAGCCUAAAUUCUACAAACUCCGCACCUUCGCUGAGCAUGUCAUUGAUGUACAGUGGUUGAGAAUCCUCCUUUUAAGGAGAAGUAUUCUUUGUGUAAAUAGAUGCAAGGGCAUGUGCCGCGGUUUAAGGUCCUACGUCUCACCCGAAGGAUUUGAAGAAACAAAGUUGGUACGCAUUGUUGUACUGGAUUACCUUCCAAAAUGUUGGUUUGCUUCUUC